AUGCCAGCAACAACAAAACCGGACUCGUCAAUGCGACAACGCCCCCCAGAAGGAGGGGUCUCGACUUCCCCUGCCUUCUCCAAGGGUGUCGAGCCACUCAACCUUUCUCAGUUCAUGCUCGGAUCCCCCGUCCCCGGGAAGCGGAAAGUGUCGUCUCAGACGUAUAGGGUAAGAACUACAGGACCUGGGUAGCUUUUGAGGAUGCGUUUAUGAAAUCGCCUUUUGGAUCGGGUGGGAAGGCCCGGCAGCCUUCGUUUAGGAUUCACGAAAGUGGAGCGCCUCCUCUACGCUUCGGAGUCCGAGCCAACGCUACAUGGCCGUCGAGAAGAACGGACUCCCGAGUCUUCUUGGGGAAAGACAGGUCGUUCACCCACUCUUGACCUCCGAACGAGCCGAAAUACCCGAGUCUUGUUCCCCUCGAUUCUGAGUAUCAACCGAAAUGAACCGCUGACCUUUUCUCUCUUCACGCUACCCCACAGGGCGGGAAUAUCCUACCUCGAAGACUUCGUCUAUACCUCUACAUCAUCGUACCAGUCGUAUCACUCCUCCUCCUGAUCCGGCGCCUCUCGUACCGUUCCCACAUCCCCUUCCACCACCCCCUCCCUCUCCCCCCCACGAUGAACACGACUUUCUCCCCGACCGCCUCCCGCCAGGUUCCCCCCUACGUGCACUACAUCUACGGAUUAUCCCCAACUUUUGGAGGAAAACCUUUCUCCUUCCUCCAAUACCUCUGUUUCACUUCCUCCCUGCACGUCAUCGAACCCGAACGAAUCUACUUUCACUACGUCUACGAACCUUCAGGUUGGUGGUGGGAAACUUGGAAAGAGGAAGUCGCGAGUCGAAAUCAGACGACGGAAUUCAUCAUGGUCAAACAAAGGGAUGUGGUGGAGGUGUUUGGGAACAAGGUCGAACAUUUCGCUCAUAAGGCGGACGUGAUUAGGUUGGAGGUGUUGAGGGAUUAUGGAGGGAUUUAUUUGGAUGCCGAUGUGUUGGUUAUCAAAGGUGAGACGUUCAAGAAGGUGGGCUUAUUAAGGGCAGACGCGUACUGAUCUCUAAUGGGGUUUUUUAACUUAGAUUUUGGACCGUUGUACAAGUUCCCGAUGGUCAUGGCGAUGGAAUCGCAACCGAACCUCGAUCCGAAACUACCCCCUUCCGGUCUUUGCAACGCCGUGAUGCUCUCCAGACCCUAUUCACCUUUCGUGGGUGCGUUAUACACUCAGACUUGAAGUGCAAGCUCUGUUCCCGAAUCGUACUAAACGCCAAUUUAAAAACUGGCCGUCCCAUAGUCCGUUGGUACAACGCUUACCAAAACUUCACUUCCACACGUUGGGCCUACCACUCCGUUACGCUCCCUUACCUUCUCGCCCAAUCCUACCCCUUGGACCUGAUCGUUUUGAACAAAUUCGCCUUCUUCUGGCCGAUCUGGCACGAUGAUCAUUUACGACUCGUUCAUCGUUCGCCACCUACUUACGAUUUUCAUCAACCGGACAAGUUGGCACCGGGUUAUGAUACUCAAUUCACUUAUCACCUUUGGGAAUCCGAAGCUUGGGAAAGGUAUCUCAAGUAUUACGAUCCUGAGAGGAUUUGGUACCAGAAGACGGCGGAGAAGAGGGGGGAGAAGAGGGAAGAGGAUGGUAGGAAUGAUGAGAGUAGUUUCUCGAGGGAGGCGAGGAGGUUCGUUAGUUUGGAAUUGAGGACCAAGUGGAGGAAGGCGGUCAAGGAGGGAAAGGUCAAGGAGAGGGAGUGGGAGCAGGAUUUGGUGUAG